AUGACAGUGGUGGCUUUUGAUAGUCAGAGGAUGACUGAAAAUAAUAUUAAUGAUACAGCUGAUGUCAGUAGUAGCAGCAGCAGUGCUAACGAUACUAGUAGUAAUUCUACCACUGCUACUGCUACUACCACUACUAUGCAUACCGACAAUCCUAGUAUGAAUAUUUAUUCCGCUAACAAUGUUAUAAGAUCAACGGGUAAUGGCACCGUUACAAAUGGAGGCGGAAUUCCUCGAAUAACUCCUAAAGACGGUAGGGGUCCCUUCAUUUCUAUUGGAUCAAAAGGUAAAGAGACAGUUGAUCUUUUGACCUCCAAAGAUCACCAAAUUGAUGAACUACAAAGUUGUCAUAAUAUUAAUGAAGUUAAAGUCGAUAGUGAUGUCAGUGAUAAAACGGUACUGAUCUUUGAUCUAACUACCAACGGAUUUCUGCUUUCACCUGCAGCAGCGAGACAACAACCAAAUUUUGAUGAAACUGUUGAUGAGAAUUGUGCAUGUGUUAAUGGCGAGGUUUACAGGAUUCAUUUAUCGUUACCAAGUACGUUAGUUAGAAGGCCGAAAUUUGAUUUUGAAAAGUUGUUACAAACAGUCAUAGACGAUUCUAAGAGAUCAAAAUUGAUUAAUUUGAUAGAGAAUUGUAGUACAUUUUUGUUUUAUGACGGCUCAAGUACGAUUUCCAGUUGUUCUACUCCCACCUUUUACCUAAUUAAAAAAUUCAGCGUUUUUCUACGUGAAAAAUUGGGGAAAAAUCAAGUUAGACUUUACAUCUUAGAGAAAAUGGAUAAAUCGGGGGUCAAAAAUUUAGGGAACAAUGGUCCUAGUAAUAGUACGAGUGAUGACAAAAAAGCAGCUUCAACAAAGGCUAGCCCGCCUAAAAAAUUAAAUUUAAGCAUAAAGAUUUUACCGAAAACAACUGACAAAAUGUUCAUUCAAUCGAUUAAAAAAGAUACGGUCCACUAUUCACCAAAUUCUUUGAGAAGGUUUUUCAAAUUUAAUAUUCCAAAUGAAAUUGAACAUAACGAUGAAAUUUUACCUACUUGGUUAAAACCAUUUUCCGACAAGAAUAGUGCAGAUUCUAUCUUACAGAAAUUGUUAUCAAAUUUUGAAUUUUUAGAAAAUUUAGAAUUACAAAGAUUAGAAAAAGGUUUAACUACAGAGACUAGAAAUGGUAAUGGUCAGUCUUUCAAGAAUUUACAAGAUUCUAAAUCAUAUCAUAAAAUUUAUUCAUUGUCCAAUUUACAAAGAGAAUUCAACAAGCAAAAAAAAUUAACAUCAUCGAGGCAAAACAACGGGUUAUCAUCUUCGUCAAAUUCAUCACAAAUUGAACCUACUUCAGAUUUGAAAGUCUGUAUACCUCUAGCAAGUUCUAAUGGUACAACACCAACUAAUAAUAAAAUCGAUAAUAGCCAUUUAUCACCUUAUGUUGAUACCGAUAGUAGUGAGUCUUUGUUAACACCAAUGGAUAGUUAUGAAAUGUCACAGGGGAUUCAAGCGUUUACCAAGAACAGAUAUUCAAACAUUUUACCUUAUGAGCAUUCAAGAGUUAAACUUCAACCGUCACCGAUUGGAGGACCGAAUGGCGGUAUCAGCUAUUCUAAUACAAAUAACAAUAAUGAUUCAACUCAUCAGCAUCACUCUCUUAAUCAACAUCCUCAUCCUCAGCUUCAUUAUAAUGACAACGAUACUAAAAACAACAAUACCUUUCCAAGUAUUACUGUCAAACCACCUAGACAAGAGGCUAGUGAAAAAAUCUCAAGCAAUAACAAUAACCGCAAGAGAAGAAGUUCUUCGAUUUCUUAUUUUAGUCAAAAGCCAGAUGUUUCUAACGGUAAAGCUCAAGAUACCAAUGAUACCAAUAAGGAAAAUUUCAGCGACUAUUUUAAUGCAAAUUAUUUGAAGAUACCUCAAGUAAAUUCGGAUUUUAAUUACAUUGCUACACAGGCACCUUUGCCUGCAACGGUAGAUGAUUUUUGGAAAGUAGUUUCCAUUAACCAAGUUAAGGUGAUAAUUUCUUUAAAUUCAACAGAUGAACUUUAUAUGAGAAAAUGGGACAUUUAUUGGAAUAACAAUCGCUCUGAUAAGAAAUAUAACAUUGAUAUCGUGGAUACUUUUGAAAAUGCAUGUAAUGUUGAUGGUUGCAUUUUAAGAAUUUUCAAAUUUUACAAAAAUGGCGAUGAUGUUGAUGAAUCUGCAAAGUCUACUGUUUUCCAACUGCAGUACACUAAAUGGCUAGAUUCAUGUGGGAUUGUAAUGGAAGACAUCGUCAGUCUAUGCCGUAUUAAAAACAUGCUGCUGCAUAAUCCAUCGGAAUUACUGACAGAUUUAAGGAAUGGUAAUUCCAAGGACACUGAAAAAUAUAGUAACAAAGCUUGGGCUAAAGAAUUAAAGAGUUCCGAGGAUCCAGAUCCCUUAGGUCCAUUCAGAAAAUCUCCUGUUCUAGUACAUUGUUCUGCAGGUUGUGGUAGAACCGGUGUAUUUAUCACUCUGGAUUUCAUUUUAAAUGUCCUCACAGAACCAACAAACUCUAGGAAUAGUAUAGAUGUUUGGAAUAUGCAGCAAGAUUUGAUCUUCAUUGCUGUAAAUGAGUUAAGAAAACAGCGGAUAUCUAUGGUGCAAAAUUUAACUCAGUACAUUACCUGCUAUGAGUCUCUCUUGGAUUAUUUUGCACUUGAGAGAAGAAAAGAACGAGGUUCGGUUGAACAAUCGGUAUAA